AUGUAUAUUGAUUUUAGGUAGAAUCUUUAUUCAGUUAUUUGUGUGACGUCAACUAAAACUGUUGUAAUAAUUGUACCGUAUUUUUAUUUUGUGUGUCGUUAAUUAACUGUUCAAAAUGCCAUUAGUGAAAUUGAAGACAACGGACGAUGACGUUAUCGAUGUGGACUAUGAGGUCAUAAAAUGUGCGCAUCUCGUAUCCGAUGUUCUGGAAGACGUAGGCAUGCAAGGUUUGCUGACACGUGUAUGGCCGUUGGUUAAUGUCGAUUCUGACACUUUGAGGAGAGUCAUCGCUUGGGCAACGCACCACAAAGACAAUCCCUUGCCGGACGACGUAGACACCAUCCCCCCCUGGGAUUCGGAAUUUUUGAACGUUGAGAAUAAAAUAUUGUUCAGAAUACUGAUAGCGGCCCUAUUUUUAGGCAUACAAAGUUUAAUGAAUAUCGCGCGCAAGAAGGUGAUCAGUAGAAUGCAGAACAUGCCAAAUAAUCAGAUUCUUACUUUAUUUUACACCGAUCAGCAAUUGGUUGAAGAAUUUAGUUCGAGAUUGUAACAAUUAUUCCUUAAACGUUCAUCAAUCAACUAUUGUGUGAAAUCAAUUAUUGGUAGGUGAAUAUGUUUAGGAAUAUGUAAUCAAACAUUUUCUAAUUAUCGAAGUGUGGCUAAGAGAGAAUAGCUGAAAAAAAAUUCUAUGUGAUGAUACCUGUUUUUCUGAAUAUACCGAAAAUUAUGUAAUAUUUAUCAUUGGCUCAAUAAAGGAUAAAAUGUU